AUGUCAUGUCAACAUCCGAAUUGCUUCUAUCCUAUUCAUUCUACAUGUACGAACCAUUGUCAUUGGUCUCUCUGUGAAGAACAUAUAAAUGAACAUCGAAAAUCACUUCUAACCGAAUUUGAAGAACUACUUCAAGACUUAAUUAAUCCGACAGAUGAAUUAUCAAAGUUGAUGGAAACCAGAAAACAAAUUUUUACUGUAGAACAACAUAAACAACUUGAUUAUCUUAAACAAACUCAUGAAAAACAAAUAAAUAUAAUUGAACUACCAUUAAUUACGAUCAAUAAAUUUCAAGAACAACAUAAUAAAAUAUCUAAACAUUUAGUUCAAAUAAAAACUAAUGAGAUUUCAUUAAAACAAAAUGAUUUUCAACAAAUCGAUACAUUAUCAAAAGAAAUAAAUCAAUAUAAAAAUUCUUUAAAAGAUAAAGAAGAAAAUAGAAUUAAUUUACAAAAAACAGAAGUGUCAUGUACACAAUGUCCAUUGAUAAGUUUAAAUAUGUAUGGUUUAUUGUCAUCACAUAAUGUACGCUUAUGUUCUCCGAAUAAAAAAGUUCUACAUUUAUUUGAACAUUUUUGUAAUUAUCAUCAUCUUACGAGUCAUUAUGCAAAAGAAUUACUCAAAGCCAUUAGACUUAAUUUAGAUCCAAUACAAACAAAAAUAUUUCCAUCGAAUACAAAAAUAACUAUAAUUUAUGAUAAAGUAUCAUGUCCAUUACAUAACACGCCACGAAGAAGUGGAAUUCGUUCUACACCAUGUUCAAGUCUUCUCAUUGAAAAAUCCUUACCAGUACACUUACAAAAUGUUCAUCGUCUUCGACCAUCACAAAUUAAAGAACUGAUUAAAAAAAAUUAG